UAGCGAAAUUAUUCUCAUCAAAAAAUUAUAGGUCAAGUUUCAGUAUCAAAGUUUUACAAGAUUUUAAUGUUAUUACAGAUGAAAAAUUGACUAACCAUCAUGAGAAAUUGUGUAGUUCCCAAGUGUGAUUUUAAAAACAAGCAAAAUCCAAAACGGGCAAUGUUUAAUGUGCCUAUAAAGGAUCCUGAUCUUUUGGGCAAAUGGCAAAAAGUCUUACCAGUCCAACGGCCGCUCAAGGAAUUCGACCGGGUUUGUGAUCAGCACUUUCGAGAGGAAGACAUUCUCCGUUACUGGGAGCACACCAUCAACGGUACGGUGGAACGCAUGGAACGGCACAAACCGGCACUGAAGCCCCAUAGUAUACCGGUCAUCGUGGAGACAGAGCAAGAGGAAGAGUCGGAGAUUACAGAGGCACCGCGGAAACGGAAGCAACAGAGAAAUUACAACCCAGAGAAAGCUAAGAAAGUGAAAUCCACCGAAGACGAAGAUCAACAGACAUUCAAAACCAUAGCCGUUGUUGAAACGCCACAUGCGACUGAUGGCAGCACGGUGCAUUUAGCGAUUGAAAACAUGCCAGGACCGGUACCAGAUCUACCCGACGAACCUAUUAUCCCCGAGUCGGAUCCGCUGACCCAUCCGGAUUUCGAAGCACUGUACGAUGAGGUAUACGAAGUGGAACUGCCGUCAACACUUUGGGGUAUCCAUCGGGACGUACAAAGGACAUUUAUUUCCUUCACCGAGUUCAACAAAGACAGCAUGAAUGUUCGGAAAUGUUUGCUAAUUGAUCGCUACCUGCAGUACCGGAUGGCCGUCGGGCAACGCACCAUGAAACAAGGCACCCUUACGACGGGCUCUACGGAGUCCGUCACCGAGUUGCUGACCAAAUUGGACGACAUCAAAAUGAGAAAAGUGAUCAUCAAGGGAAGCAAUUCGAUUCUUGGACCUUGAUUUCGGAUUAACGCAAAUUCUGUGUUAUUUCGGAACAAUAGACUUUGUUUGCUGGAGCUUUUCAAGCUCCAGCUGUUUCAUAUAAGCGAGAAAUAUCGUCCACAAUAGACUGCACAUACUGACAAACGGAACACGAUUUUUCUCGGGAACCACGGAAAAGUUGAAGGUUUGCAACAAAGGCCAGAUGCAUAUCGCCACCUGAAAGACAUAA